AAAAUCACUGACUCUCUUUUUUACAGACACGUUAUUCUGCCAAAGGAAAUUUCACGCUGGCUACCAAGCAUGGACUGUCUUGAGGAAUCGGAAUGGAGAGAACUUGGAGUCACGAAGAUGACAGGUUGGGAACAUUAUAUGGUUCAUGCACCAGAGCCGCACAUCUUGCUAUUUCGACGAGCACGGCAGAGACGAGAAAAAGUAAGCUUUGAAUUGGAUUUGUGGUAUAUGAAAAAAGAACAAGGGCGAUCCAUACUGACGUGUAUAAUGUAA